AAUAUUUAUUGGAUACUGCACAGUUGGUGCGGUACGGGUAGCGCGUCUCAUUGCCGCACGGAGCAUCCGUAAUGAUCCGCAAAUUGUUGUGUCGAGUCUGGGUGUGAUGUGCAUGUGAAAAUAUAUGUUUGCAAACGCACCCACGAUACAGGAGAAAAUCAAAAAAUUGGUGUUGUGUGCAUUCCUAGCUGUGACAGCGGCUGCCCCUGAAGACAUCCAGCUAAUAGAAUACAACGUUAACAACAACGGACUUGGCGAUUAUAAUUUUGAUUUCGAGCAAAGCGAUGGUACAGGGCAUUCACAAUAUGGUGAGUUACGAAACCCUGGUUCCGAGAAUGAGUUCGUUGCAGUGAAAGGUUACUACUCCUGGACCGCUCCUGAUGGUAACACAUUCGUUGUUCACUACAUUGCUGAUGAGAAGGGUUUUCAGCCAAGCAUCUCAACGGGCAUUGAUUCUGUCCCUCCCCCUAGAUUACUAGAGCUACUCCGCAGUUCUUAACAUUUUUUAAAUAAAUCCUCUAUUACAA